AUGUCUCCAAAGGUUAUCAUUACCGCUGAAUUUGAGGGUCGUGGCUUUGACGUCAUCGGAACAGCGUUCUCGCGCGCUCGCGGCGAGCUGCGCAAGCUCGAUCUCAGCGAUACUGCAGCAGUCGCCGCCUUUGUUGGUGCCGAGGAGCCGCAGGCCAUCAUUCACUGCGCGGCCGAGAAGCGUCCCGAUGUAGCCGAGCAGAACAAGGAAGCGACGGAGAGGCUCAACGCUGAAGUGCCCGGCCACCUGGCAGCACUGGCCAAGCAGCAUGGAGCGUUCUUUGUAUACAUCUCCACCGACUACGUAUUUGAUGGCACUAGCCCACCGUACCAGGUCGACGACAAGCCGAACCCGCUAAACUUUUACGGCCGCACGAAGCUGGCCGGUGAGCGGGCAGUGCAGGAGGCAAAUCCACAGGCGGCGAUUCUGCGCGUGCCGAUCCUAUAUGGCUCGGCGGAGGACAUCAAGGAGAGCGCUGUGAACCUGCUGCUGGGAGCAGUCAAGGAUGCGUCAAAGGAGACCAAGAUGGACGACUACCAGAAGCGCUUCCCCACGAACACCUUGGAUGUUGCUCGGGUGCUGGCCGAUAUGGCCGAGAUCAGUGUUGGUGCUGCAGGCGAGGGCGAGGAGAUGACAAAGUACGCCAUGUGCCAGGUGUUUGCUGAGAUCCUGGGCAAUGCCAGCAUUGACCACCUUGUGCCGGUCCGAGACAAGCCUACUGAGGCCGUGGCAUCGCGCCCCGACAACACGCAGCUGUCAACCGAGGCACUGGAGCAGAUCGGUAUCAGCUAUCUUUCCAAGUAA